AUGACGAAGGACGUGAAGAAAUCGUCGGCCGACAUCAACGGCAAUCCUGAAGAUUUGCGCGUGGGUGAAACGCUGACAGACAGAGAACAUGACGCCGUCUUUGGAGACAUGUCCAAGGACGGGCCAAAUUACCGUGAUGUUGGAUGGUUUGGAACUUCGUGCUUGAUGAUGAAAACUCAGAUUGGUCUUGGUGUCUUGUCAUUCCCGGCCGUCUUUGACACUUUGGGACUGAUCCCCGGCGCGAUUAUCCUCUGCACCGUUGCUGGCAUCACUACUUGGUCGAACUACAUCGUGGGAGUGUUCAAAGUCAACCAUCGCAGUGUUUAUGGCGUCGAUGACGCCGGGCAGCUGAUGUUUGGUCGUAUCGGAAAAGAACUGUUCGCUGUUGCGUUUAUGGGCCAAUACGUGAUGACGGCUGGCUCAGCGAUGCUGAGUCUUUCGAUCAGUCUUAACGCCCUCUCGGACCACGGCGCUUGCACCGCCGUCUUCGUCGCCGUCGCAUUUGUUCUGAUCUUCAUCUUAGCGAGCAUUCGCACCCUCGGCCGCAUCACCUGGCUCGCGAUAGUUGGCGUCGUUUGCAUCAUUACUGCAGUGUUAACCGUGACCAUCGCCGUGAGCUUCCAAGACCAGCCCCCAAAUGCUCCCAAAGAUGUCCAUUGGGAAUCCGACUACAGACUAUUUGGCAACCCAAGCUUUUCCGAGGCCGUCUCAGCCGUGUCUACGCUCAUUUUUGCGUAUGCCGGCACAGGUGCCUUCUUUCCCAUCGUAUCUGAGAUGAGAGACCCUCAUCUCUAUCCCCGGGCAUUAGCACUUUGCCAAACAGUCGUUACCAUCAUAUUCCUGACUGUUGGUAUCGUCGUGUACUACUAUUGUGGAUCUUAUGUUGCCUCGCCUGCUCUUGGAUCUGCCGGUGUGACUAUUAAGAAGGUUUCGUAUGGUAUUGCGUUCCCCGGACUGCUUGUCAGCGGUGUGCUUCUUGCCCAUGUAAAUGUUCCCCCUGCACUCUGGCAGAGAAUUCUCUGCUAA